AUGGCGGAAAACCUAACCGUACUUGAGCGCUGCAAUAUUCAGCCAUCAGUGCUGCCGGAGAACCAAACUCUGCCCCUCUCGCACUUCGACAUGGCUUUUCUCUUCUUACAUCGCGUUCAGCGUCUCCUCUUCUUCGAGUACCAAUGUUCCAAAUCCCAAUUGCUCGAAACUAUCGUCCCCAAUUUGAAAAAAUCCCUAGCUCAAGCUCUCGCCCAUUUCCCCCCACUCGCCGGAAAAAUCAUCUGCCCGCUCAAUUCCGGCAGGCCUUUCUCCAGAAUCAUCGCCGGCGACUCGGUUUCACUCACAAUCGCCGAGACCAAAACAGACAUUACCCAAUUCACCGGAAACCACCCCCGGCUUACCGACGACUUCUACAUUUUUCUCCCUCAACUCCCCGCGGCAACGCGUAUCGAAAACGACGUCGUUUUUCCGGUCCUGGCUCUGCAAAUAACGCUUUUUCCCGGGCGUGGUCUCUGCUUCGGCAUCACCAAAGACCAUGGCAUCGGCGACGCGAGCUCCAUCGUCCGAUUCAUCAAACUCUGGGCCGAAAUCAACCGAUCCAACGGUGGAGAUGCGAUCGACGGAAAAUUCCUGCCGGUGUACGACCGGACGGCGGUGGAAGAUUCGGAGGUUUUGGAUCCCAAUAUCUACUGGCAGAAAAUCAAGGCAACGCGGCCGAAAAUGACGAACAUGGCGAUCACUUUUCCGGUGAACAAAUUCCGUUCAACUUUCGUCCUGUCGAAAGACGAUCUUCAGAAGCUCAAACUCUACGUCCUCAACAACUGCCGUCCCGGUCUGCACGUGACUGCGUUCACAGUCACGUGCGCGCUCGUCUGGUCUUGUUUAGUGCAAGCCGAGGAAGCAUCGGAGGCCGUCGGCGCGGAGGUCGGCGAAUUCUUCUACUGCGUGGUGGAUUGCCGGGGGCGGAUGCAGCCGCCGCUGCCGGCGGAGUAUUUUGGGAACUGCUUGGUUUACAUGGUGACGGAGACAGUGAGGCGCGGGUUGGUGAUGGGAGAGGGCGGGUUCGCGGCGGCGGUGGAGUUGAUCGGAGGAGGUUUGAAGAAAAGACUGACGGCGGCGAGUAUUCUGGAGGGGGUGGAGGAGUGGCCGGAGGAGUUUGCGAAACGGACGAAUGUGCGGUCGUUGGGGGUGGUGGGUUCGCCGAAGUUCGAUUUGUACGAGGUGGACUACGGGUGGGGAGGGGUGAGGAAGUUCGAGCAGAUGACGAUUGAUGGGGUGAGACAGAUGUCGGUGAGUAAGAGUAGGGUUUGUGAAGGAGGUCUGGAGAUUGGGCUGUCGGGGAAGAAGGAGACCAUCCAUGCAUUUUCUCAAAUUCUUACAGACACCCUUCACAACCUCCCAUCCGAUCCUCUCUUAAUUAAUUAA